ACGCCCAGGCCUUCCCGCCGCUGCUCCGGAAGUGCUCUUCUGAAUUGCAACGCCGCGGGAAGAUGGCGCAGGACGUUGGCGCCAUGGAAGAUGGGCAGCUGUCUGACUCGGAUUCCGACAUGACAGUGGCGCCCAGCGACAGGCCGCUGCAGGUGCCGAAAGUAUUAGGUGGGGACCUUGCAGUGAAGCCCUUCCAGAAUACUGCAGCAGCAGCCUGUGUGCCAGUAUCCCAUUAUCGGAAUGUUAAAAGUGUGGAUUCAAGUGAAGAGAGUUUUUCCGAUUCAGAUGAUGAUAGUUCUCUUUGGAAACGCAAGCGGCAGAAAUGUUUUAACCCUCCUCCCAAACCAGAACCUUUUCAGUUUGGCCAGAGCAGCCAGAAAUCACUUGUUGCUGGAGGAAAGAAAAUUAACAACAUAUGGGGUGCUGUGCUGCAGGAACAGAAUCAAGAUGCAGUGGCCACUGAACUGGGAAUUUUGGGAAUGGAUGGCACUAUUGACAAAAGCAGACAAUCUGAGACUUACAAUUAUUUGCUUGCUAAGAAACUUAAGAAGGAAUCUCAGGAGCAUUCAAAAGAAUUAGACAAAGAACUAGAUGAAUAUAUGCAUGGUGGCAAAAAAAUGGGAUCAAAGGAAGAGGAAAAUGGGCAAGGUCACCUCAAACGCAAACGACCUGUCAAAGAGAGACUGGGGGACAGACUGGAAAUGAACUAUAAAGGCCGAUAUGAAAUCACAGAGGAAGAUUCUCAAGAAAAAGUGGCUGAUGAAAUUUCUUUCAGGUUACAGGAACCAAAGAAAGAUCUGAUAACCCGAGUAGUAAGGAUAAUUGGGAACAAAAAGGCAAUUGAGCUUCUGAUGGAAACUGCUGAAGUUGAACAAAAUGGUGGCCUUUUUAUUAUGAAUGGUAGUCGAAGAAGAACACCAGGUGGAGUUUUUCUGAAUCUCCUGAAAAACACUCCCAGUAUCAGCGAGGAACAAAUUAAGGACAUUUUCUACAUUGAAAAUCAAAAGGAAUAUGAAAAUAAAAAAGCCGCUAGGAAGAGGAGAACACAAGUGUUGGGGAAAAAGAUGAAACAAGCUAUUAAAAGCUUAAAUUUUCAAGAAGAUGAUGAUACAUCACGAGAAACUUUUGCAAGUGACACAAAUGAGGCCCUGGCCUCGCUUGAUGAAUCACAAGAAGGUCAUGGAGAAACAAAAUUGGAUGCAGAGGAAGCCAUUGAGGUUGAUCAUUCCCAUGAUUUGGACAUCUUUUAGUACAUUUUGGGCAACUUGAGCAAGAAGGCUUUCUAAAGUAACAUUGUAAUAAAUCAUUUCUACUGAGAUUUGUUUUACUUUGCACUGAUAAACAUGAAAAUUUGAAGAAAAGAGAACUGUAUUCUUAUUUUAAAUAAAAAUGAAUAUAUGUGGGGAGAUGAAUGUGAUCAAUAGAAACAUUUAAAAAUUUCUCAUGUCUGACAAAAUACUUAAAAGUAUAUAGCAGAGAAUUUAAUUUCUCAUUCUGUUGCAUGUGCUAAUGUGAGUAUUACUAGCUGAUAAUCAGUUUUGUUCAAGUCAUAAUAUGCCAUUCAAAAAUUUGUCUUUUUCUGACUUUUUCUGAAUUAUGCUUUGGUUUCAAGACAUUCCAUUAAAAUAUCCUAAUGGAACAUGUAAAUUGUUAACCUAUUGCAAAUGCAUUCAAAUUUGGUUUUUCUGUGUUCUAAAUACUUGGACAAUUUUAAGGAUAAGACACCAAAAUUAAAAUAGGCUUAUGAUGGUGGCUCUUUCCACUUAUUUGUUUGGCCAGGAGUAAAUAAAGAUACUUUUUGAAGAAUAUUGGUUCUUAACUGUAACUUUUUGAAUUUUUAUUAAUUAACUUGUUCAUGUACUAAAUACUGAAUGUGAUCCAUACCUGCAUUAUUACUUUGGACAUUAAAAAUUUCCCAAUGGCAGCUUGCCUACUACUGUUUUACCUUAUGUUAAGGAGUUAGCUAUUACAAAUAAUCCCAGCUGCAUGAAGUUUCAAAUUAUUAAUUUUUAUUAAUGAAGAAAAUAAAGUUAGUUUAUUUAACAUGUUCCAAGAGUCGACUAUAGUUACAAAAAUGUAUAGGAUACCAUUAUGAACUGUUCUUUGUAAACAGUGUACUUGAAGUCUUUCAGUAGUUCCUGAAAUAUAUGGUUAUUGAAGUUGGAUCUAAGUGGGAAAAGAAAAUAAUGAUUAUUGGUUUUUUAUUUAUAAAGAAUGCAAAAAUAAAAUUAGAGUCUUGGCAGUCCUUAAUGAGCAUCAAGUGACUUUAUUUUUUUAUCUUAAAUAUUUUAUAAAAUUGCUAUAAUCAAGGGAGAAGGAAUAUGUUAGUUAAUUGGAUUUUGCACAUACCUGAGAUUGUUUAUGAGGUGUUCUUUUAAAAGUAAAGUAUAUUACAUUAGGAAAGAUAAUCAGCAUUUAGAAAUGUAAAUGCCACAUACAGUUGUUAAAGUUGCUGGUUUUUAUAGUGAAAGUUAGGAUUUUAAAAGGUAAUAAUGCCUUAGGCUACUUUGUCUUCCAUCAGUACCCCCUUCCUAGUUCUUUUUCAGCAGUAAUUGUUUCCUUAGCAUUUGGAAACUCCACAGAUUCCUGGUUUGUAUUGCAUGCUAAUGUCACAUAGAAAUGAACACUUUGAAAUUUAAGAUUCUUUGAAAAUUUAUCCUCAUUAAAGUUAA